UAAAGAGGAAAAAAAAGAGAGUAAUUUUCGUUAUUUUUUAUUAGGAACUAAAAAGAAAGAAAUUGUUGUAAAAUGGUUCCCUAGAAGAAGAAGAAAAAAAUGUUUUCAGAGAGAAGAAUAUGUUUACUCAGUAUAGUAAAGUUUGAGCCAAUAAGCAAAAACACCAAAAGCUGAUGCUUGUCGCAGUCUCUGUUCGUCACCGUUCCAAGGAUCUGAGCACGAAGACUAUCUGCUUACAGCUCUAUAAAUCAAUCAUUCAAUUCAACAAACAAAUCUUUCAGGUGGGUUUUAAGGAUUUGUGAAAAAAUAUCGAUAUAGGAAUCGUUUAAACUUCCAUUGCUGCUGCGUUUUCUAAUUCAAGUCCUUGAGCUUCCUAAAGGCACUAGUUGGCAAUCUUAUUCAACAUGAACAACCAAAAUCCUGAUGAUCAUGAGGACACAACGGUUGUGGGAUUCGAAGUACCUUUAUCUCCGGUUUCAAGUUACAACAAUGUGUAUUCAGCAGCCGAAGAUGAGACAAGAGAUCCUCCAGCUGUACCGCCACACCUUCAACACACUCUCUUAGGCAAUACAGGCACCACGGAAUUGGCUUCUCUGCCGCAGAGCGUCGUCCUGAACCAUCUCUAUAUCGAAAACAGAGACGCUCCAAGAUCCGUUGUGGCACUUGGUUUCUCACAUCGGUUCAGGACUAAGUAUGUCACUGUGGUGAUAUACAAACCGGUCCAAAGAAGAGGGAAUGCUAAUGUUUGAUGAUGAUGAUGAUGAUGAUGAUGAUGCCUCUUCUUGAAUAGUGUUGGGAUCUUCUUGCUCUUCUUAUGGAUUACAUUUACAUUUUUCUUAUUCUCGGUUUAGAUGGUUUCUAGGGAAUUCGAUUAAAACCAUCUUUGUUUGACGUUUAUAUAAAAAUCUACCUGCAUUUUAAGGCCAAGAAGAUAAAAUAUUUGGGCAUUGUUUGUAAUAACGUACUUAGGUUUGGUUAAAUAACAUAGUCCAAAUAUCUUUAUUAAAGUUCUGCAUUUACCAAUUAAUUUAUGUCACGCUACAACAAUUUUACAACUAAGAAAAAUGGUUUUUCAGAUUAUAGAUUGUUUUAUCUAAUAAUUUAUAACCGUAUUUCUUAUUUUCAACUACAGAACACAAACAAGUUGAGUUUAAUGGAACAAUAACUUUUAACCAAACUCCAAUAUAAAUGAAGUCUGCAAAGUGAAAUAGAAGAAAAGAGAGAUCAAUUUAAAAUUGUCUUUUCAAACACUUUUAAUUAAAAUACGAUUUGAUACUCGCAUACUUGAAACUAGAUUAUGAUUUACUAAAAUUAGAUCGCCUGGCUAUUUUUGGUUUAACUAUCCUUGGUCGGGUCAGGCCAUUAUGAGUUCUUUUAUAAAAGUUAAAAAAGAAGCUUUUCUUUAGCCAAAGCCAACACACUAAAAUAGAUAACUGCAAUAAAAGUUAUAGAGCUACAACAUAUACCAAUAUUAAAUCAUAUUCCGUAGUCUAUAAUAGUGUUUCUUUUUUUAACGUAUGUGCAUCCUUUGAAAUUUAAUAAUUAUUGUAUGCUCAUUAUCUUUUUCCUCUAAAUCCUAAUUUUGUAGUUUUCUCCCAAUUUUUGUAUACGUUAUUUUCUUCUAUUUUUUUUAUCUAAGCAACAAAUGUUUUUAGAAAUUUUUAUAUUCUGUAGUCUAUAAUAAUGUUUCUUUUUGGGUGAUAUUAAUAUAUAGACUCAGUUAAUGUUGAAAUGGAAAAAAGUUGCAUUUGUAUAUAUUGCCAUAUUUACCUCUAUGAGGAUGACCUUCCUUUUAGGAAGAUAGUAUGUUUAAUUUCAAUAAAUGAAGAGGUGUUCCUCUGGGUUAGAGUUAUUCCCAUGAGAACGGAGUGGAAUGUUAACUUCGUUAGCACUAACCCAACACGGGUGGGUGGAUGGUCAAGACCGAUAUUCGGUAACCGUGGUAAUGGACCAUCUCAUUUUCAAUCAAGCAGCAACCAAUAUUUGCAACCGAGGCACGUACAUACAAACUUCACUCAGCCCCAUAUCAGUGGUUACCACAGGCCACUUAGUAACAGUGAUAUAAUAUGGCCAGGUAUAACAUAGUAUCAGUUGUCGUUUGAGUUAUACUGUUAAUAAUAUUUAUAUAUAGGCAACGUUAAAUAUUUCAUUUCAAUGGCAGGCAUUAUGGACUCCACGAUAACUUAUACUGACCCCUCGAUGCAGUUUGUGCCAUAUUAUACGCCUUCAAGAGGAGAAGGUAACUAUUAGGUCACUCUGUUAACUAGUAUGUUGUUAACAAGUUAACACCAUUGCUUUUGUCUCUAUCUGUUAACUAGUAUGUUGUUAACAAGUUGACACCAUUACUUCAUGGGGAGAAGGUAACAAUUGAUACCAUCUCUAAUGGGGCUGUCGACAUCUCACUUGGUAACAUCCAGUGACCGACUCCGUCCAAUGUUUAGAAUUUGCAGAAUGAUUUAAUGAUUUAAUGAUUUAAUGAUUUAAUGAUUUAAUGAAGAGAUGAAGAGUGAGUAACGAAAGUGUAAGAGAAUGAGAGAGUGUGUUA